AUGAUCGUCCCCGUCCUCUCAAGGCAGGCUCUUCGCCAUGCCAGCGUCGCCCGUGUCGCCCUCCCCAGCCUCACAAGAUGGUACGCCUCGUACCCCCCUCACACCGUCGUCAAGAUGCCUGCCCUCUCGCCCACCAUGACGGCGGGCAAUAUUGGCGCAUGGCAGAAGAAGCCUGGUGACUCGAUCGAGCCCGGUGAGGUUCUCGUUGAGAUCGAGACCGACAAGGCCCAGAUGGAUUUCGAGUUCCAGGAGGAGGGUGUGCUCGCCAAGAUCCUCAGGGAGUCGGGCGAGAAGGACGUCGCCGUUGGCAAUCCCAUUGCCAUUCUCGUCGAGGAGGGUACCGAUGUCAGCGCCUUCAAGGACUUCACUCUCAAGGAUGCCGGCGGCGAGACCUCCCCCGCUGUUCCCAAGGAUGAGCCCAAGAACGAGAGCACCGCCAGCGCCCCGACUCCCGCUCCUACCCCCGCUCCCGAGCCCGAGAACACUGGCUUCAAGGGCCGUAUCCAGACUGCCCUUGAGCGCGAGCCCAACGCCGUCCCUGCUGCCAAGAGACUCGCUCUCGAGAAGGGUGUCAACCUGAGCACCGUCAAGGGCUCCGGUCCCGGCGGCAAGAUCACCGAGGAGGAUGUCAAGAAGGCCGUCUCUGGCGCUCCCGCUGCUGGUGCCGCCGCUGCUCCUGCUGCCUACACCGAUGUUCCCAUCUCUGGCAUGCGCAAGACCAUUGCCGCCCGCCUGAAGGAGUCUGUCUCGGAGAACCCCCACUUCUACGUUUCCACCAACCUCUCCGUCAGCAAGCUCCUCAAGCUCCGCCAGGCGCUCAACAGCUCUGCUGAGGGCCGCUACAAGCUUUCCGUCAACGACUUCCUCAUCAAGGCCAUUGGCGUUGCUUCCAAGCGCGUCCCUACCGUCAACAGCUCGUGGCGCGAGGGUGUCAUCCGCCAGUUCGAGACUGUCGACGUUUCCGUUGCUGUCGCCACCCCGAACGGCCUCAUCACCCCCAUCGUCAAGGGUGUUGAGGGCAAGGGUCUCGAGAGCAUCUCGGCCGCCGUCAAGGAGCUUGCCAAGAAGGCUCGCGACAACAAGCUCAAGCCCGAGGAGUACCAGGGUGGCAGCAUCUCCAUCUCCAACAUGGGCAUGAACCCCGCCGUCCAGAGCUUCACCGCCAUCAUCAACCCUCCCCAGGCCGCCAUCCUCGCCGUUGGCGCCACCCAGAAGGUUGCUGUCCCCGUUGAGAACGAGGAUGGCACCACCGGUGUUGCUUGGGAUGAGCAGAUCAUCGUCACUGCCAGCUUCGACCACAAGGUUGUUGAUGGCGCUGUCGGUGCCGAGUGGAUCCGCGAGUUGAAGAAGGUCAUCGAGAACCCUCUCGAGCUCCUUCUUUAA